AUGAACUCAUUCGAUCUUGUCGACGCUCAAUACGACUUCCUUCAAAAAUCAAUUGAGGGACCAAGCCGUCUGACCUUCGAACUCAGCCAUUCAGCUCUGCACUAUGCCCAAUUUGUUCAAAACGAAAUAUCGACUGCGGCCAAGGAGAAUCUAAUGCUGGAUUUUGCGAGGAAGCUGAAGGAGCUCUCACACGGAAGCUCCACUUGGAACGAUUAUCUCUGUUUGUGUUUGCUGAGGGAUUUUGUCGAACUUGAGCAACGAAUUGAUGGGUCGACACCAUUGCAAAAAUUGGCAAGUCGGCGGCAAUUAAUCGUGGCCGAAGGAGCCGAUUCCGGAUCCUAUUCUGGAAUUGAUUCGGGUACGAGUUCCGACGAUGAGAAGAUGGACGUCGAAAUUCAACAAUCUCGAAAUGAUCUCGACGAUUCUGAUGACAUCGAUGGCUCUGACGAUUUAUCUGAGUCUGGCGAAUACGAUGAAUGUGAUGAUUCUGACGAAUCCGAUAUGUCUGAUGAUUCUGACGAAUCUGAUAUGUCUGAGGAAUCCGAUAUGUCUGAUGUGUCUGAUGAUUCUGACGAUUGCGACGAAUGUGACGAAUAA